GUGCUGUUCCCAGGCGUGGGCUACGGGAUGAUGGUGGUGUCCACGUACAUCGGGAUCUACUACAACGUGGUGAUCUGUAUUGCCUUCUACUACUUCUUUGUGUCCAUGACGCGUGUGCUGCCCUGGACGUACUGCAGCAACGCCUGGAACACGCCCGACUGUGCAGGGGUGCUGGAUGGGAACCUCUCCAGCCAUGCUGCUCUCAACCUCACCCACCUCCUCAACACCACCCAGAAGCGCACCAGCCCCAGCGAGGAGUACUGGAGGAGGUACGUGCUGGACCUGUCAGAUGACAUCGGGAACCUGGGUGAGGUGCGGCUGCCCCUUCUGGGCUGCCUUGGAGUCUCCUGGGUCAUCGUCUUCCUCUGCCUCAUCAAGGGCGUCAAGUCCUCUGGGAAGGUGGUGUACUUCACAGCCACCUUCCCCUACGUGGUGCUCACCAUCCUCUUCGUGCGCGGCAUCACGCUGGAGGGGGCCCUCACCGGCAUCAUGUACUACCUGACACCCCAGUGGGACAGGAUUCUCGACGCCAAGGUGUGGGGAGACGCGGCCUCGCAGAUCUUCUACUCACUGGGCUGUGCCUGGGGUGGGCUCAUUACCAUGGCCUCCUACAACAAAUUCCACAACAACUGCUACCGGGACAGCAUCAUCAUCAGCAUCACCAACUGCGCCACCAGCGUCUAUGCCGGCUUUGUCAUCUUCUCCAUCCUGGGCUUCAUGGCCAACCACUUGGGUGUGGAUGUCUCCAAGGUGGCCGACCACGGCCCUGGCCUGGCCUUUGUUGCCUACCCUGAGGCCCUCACUCUGCUCCCCAUCUCGCCCCUCUGGUCCAUCCUCUUCUUCUUCAUGCUCAUCCUCCUGGGGCUGGGCACACAGUUCUGCCUGCUGGAGACACUGGUCACAGCCAUUGUGGACGAAGUGGGCAACGAGUGGAUCAUCCGCAGGAAGCCCUUUGUGACACUGGGAGUGGCCGUGGCGGGCUUCCUGCUGGGCAUCCCGCUGACCACGCAGGCGGGCAUCUACUGGCUCCUGCUGAUGGACAACUACGCUGCUAGCUUCUCCCUGGUUGUCAUCUCCUGCAUCAUGUGUGUGGCCAUCAUGUACAUCUACGGGCACCGCAACUACUUCAAGGACAUUGAGAUGAUGCUGGGUUUCCCACCACCACUUUUCUUCCAGAUCUGCUGGCGCUUCAUCUCACCUGCCAUCAUCUUU